AUGGUAACUGAUGCCCAUGAAAAUGCCCAGGAUGAGCCAGGUGAAUCAGUAGUUGCCUCAGAAAAUGAACCCCGACUAUAUAAAUUUUGGGAUAUUAAUCAGAAAUACUUAUUUUUGGUGGAGAAAAUGUUAGUGGCAGACUUGCAAACUUCUAAUUUACCAGAGCAGUUAAUUGCCGUGCUUCCUAAUACCUCUCUAGAUGCAAAACAGAAACCCAUAUUUAUGGGCCUUGGACAAAAGAAUUACUCCUUGUCAUGUGUGAAGUCUGGGGAUGGUCAACAUCAGAUAGAGUUAAAAGAGAACAGUGUUACAGAACUUUAUAAAAACCCAGAAAACGGCAAAGCUUUCACUUUUUAUAGUAAGAGUGAAGGCAAUGGUGAUACCUGCUGUUUUGAAUCUGCAGAGUUCCCGGGUUGGUUCCUCAGCACUUCUUCUGAGGCAAAGAAGCCUAUUUGUUUGAGUAAAAAAGGAGGACCUCACAACAUCCUGUUUUAUUUUGAAAGAAAAUCAUGAGUCAGAAAUACUGUUCUAUAUCUAUGUUUCUAAUAUACUUUGCUUGUACAAAUUGGAAUGGGGACAGAAUAUAUGGUUAGGUCAGGUAGUAGACAUAGAUAGUAUCCUUCCUGGAACCAGAAAACUUUGGGAGAACUAGGUGAUCUUUGGGGGAAGGUA